AUGUGUGCACAGGCCCUCAAAUCAGAUGAAGGUUCUGAGCUUUUGAAGGUUCAUGUUCUACAAAACUUCAUUACUGUCCUUAUAAGCUCACAAGAUAGCCGUGCCAGCUGCAUCGAUCAAGAGAGCCAGACAGAGCAUGUAUUGAGUACCUUCAUAGCCACUGAAUCUCCUCAGGCCCUUUAUGUGGUCCUACUUAUAGAUGGUGGAUUUUCUAUACUUACGGAAAUGCCCGAGCAGAUCCCGAAUGACACAGUGCAGAUGUCUACCAUAUUAAAGCAUUCUGAUCCCCUUCGAUCAGAUGUUUCUUUGCAUUCACAACUAAACGUUUUCUGUUUUCCCAUCGACGAAGCAUAUAACACUAAAAACGAGAGUUCUCCCGCCUUUGUUCGGGAUCUUCUUAAUCAUGUCGUUACUCCAUACUUCGACCGCCUAACAUUAGAUACAGACAAGAACGCGUCGAAUACCCUUGAGACAGCUAGGAAGAAGCUCUACGAGCUCAAUGCUUCACUAAACUACGUACAUCUGCAGAUAGACGUUCCUGAUUUGCUCAAUUAUGUUCUGCCGACCAUUUUGGAUAUCCUUCGUGCUCCUGAGGUCAACGAUUCCACUUUGCAGGAUACGACAGUUCUCAAUGAGCUCACUCAAAUCGCCAACACCUGGAUUAGAACUAUACUAUCUAUUACUAGAACGUCUAAGAAUCCUUCUGGUGUCUGGUCAAUGGCAGAUGAGAAGAAGUUUUGGGCAUCAAUGGAAACAGCCUUGGAGGGUGUCCAACAACAAGUACAGCAGCCUGAAGUGCAGAGACUUAUCGAUAUACUAGCCGCGGCAAAGCGAUUCCAAACAACUCUUAUAUUCCAGAAUAACUUGAGAAUAGCAGAGAAGCUAGAAGAAGUUAAACAUUACAAUGCCUUCUUGAAAGAUUUACCAAUCGAUGGCCUUCGAGAUGCAGUUCAGUCAUCGAAUAAGCUUUCUGACAUCGAGGCCUCUAUAACAGCUAUCUUCAGUCAUUUGAAACGAUGGAAAUCCCUGACGACAUUUCCCCUUCUUCGCAUAAUUGAGCUGAUAGAACUCGUUCUUCGUGAUAUCUCACAGCAUCUAAAGGAGAUUCUAUCGUCUUUAUCCAUUAUGGCCUUACCACAAGAUGCCUUUGAGAAUGCUGUGAAUGGCAAGGUUCGGGGAAUUUUUCUGACAUUGGAUAAUUCGAUCAAGCAUAUGAUGAAUGUUCUCAGAGAGCUAAUGAGGAAGCGACUGGAAAAGUUCAUGAUUAUAAAGAUUGAUCGCGAGGAUAUUGAUCAGAUAGAGCUGAGAGUACAACAUUUGGCAAAGCUCAAGUCAAAGCAUCAUGAAUUAUCUCAGAGCCUCACAACCUCGGUCGUCGAUGAUUCAAUCAAUGAUUACUUGACUAAAGCUUUUAACAAGCAUAUAGUCGGUACAGAGCAUUUUGAUUUCACAAGUCAUGGAGCUCUUAUAUGGGCGGCAGAGGAGGACAGUUAUCUCGAGAUUCACAAUCAAGUGCUGAAGAUGUUGUCCACGUCCCUAAAUAACGGCAUAACUUGCUGCCUUUCUUUUGAUAACUUUGUUAGCUUCUUUCAGCAAAUCCAGGGCAAUAAUUCAAGUAUGUCUACGCUUCUUCCGCUUAUUGACGACAGUCACAUUGUGCGUUUCCUUCUGCUUGCCCAUAGCAUGAUUCAGGAUUUAUCAUCUUGCGAUGCCAACACACAAAACGCAGCUGAUAAUGACAGAAAUAUCGAGGAUCCUGCUGCAUUAUUUAAAAUCAUUAAAUCCCGAUUAUCUCGAAAAGCCAGGCUUGAAAAUAUCAUCAAUUCGCUCAACAGAACUUUAGGUGAUAAUUGGACUCUAUUCGCAAUGGGGUCGCAAAUUCGUGAUUUGACGUCUUAUUUGGCUGAAAGACUCGAGGUGUCUACUCUCUUCGACCAAUGGACAUGCCUUGUACAGUCUUCAUUACAUGACUUGAAGAAUCUUAGCGGCCUCUUUAGAAUUCAGGAAGAGUCGGACCCUCUUUUUAAGGGAAUGAGUCUAAAUUACCCUUACCAGUUGAUGGAUGUCCCAUCAAGCCUAUCUUACUACAGCUUCAUGGGACUUCGUGCCUCUUCCGAUAUAAUUCUCCAAGCGAACAAAAUUAAGAUUAUGAAGCCCAUUAUAUUCACAUUGGACGAGCAUAUUGAGGUGUUUUCUCAGAUAUUAAACAAGGAACAAUCAGAGAAUGGAUUCAAAACCAUUCUCGAUCCUCUCAAGCGUGAUGCUUUACAAAACUUACUCGCAUUGACCAGCUUUUCUUGGGUGGAUAUCCAGUUGGAUGUUAGCCAGAACAGAGAAGAUUCCGAUUUUUCUAACUUUGAAGCUAAGUCCUUGAGGCAAGUUCAUCUUUUUCAAGAGGCGACAUAUAGUUUGCUUGAUAUGCAAAGAACGAUGGCCAAUUUUGGAAAAACGCUAAUCGAUGAUUUGAUACCCAAUAUUAUGACAUCCAAGUUUGAAGUCGCUACCAUUCAACGAACGAUUGAUAUUGCCCGAAAUGCCUCAUUGCCAAUUGUACUGAAGUCGUCUAAUGCUGCUGGAUUUCAGGAGGCCCUUCACGCUCAACUUAGGCAAGCUCUUUUGAACAAAUGUACCACUGCGGUCGCCAAUUUUAGAGCUGAAGUAAAAGGUGAAAUUGCUGCGUCUUCAGAUCUUCAAAACAUGUAUCAUGUUCUUCAUUAUGAGAAUGGCAAUUUUCUUAUCGAGCCUCCUUUGUCAUCUACAAGAGCAUGCUGGGUUUCUGUCAUUGACGAAAAAGUGAAGGCAAUCUCUAGUAUCACGGUUGAAGGUUUUGAUGGUAUUCGUUACCCCGUGUGUCAUGAUUACUCGGAAAUACUUAUGGAAACCGUUAACGAAGCUCUUCAUGAUAUCGAUCUCGUUUUCGAGAUGCUGAAUGCCGCCAUGGAAGAAUGGAGGAGCCUUGGGGAAGCGCUUCAAAUUCAUUUAGAGCCGGAAAGUUCUUUCAAUGAUCUCGAUGUUGCGGAUCUGUUGAAAAAAGCUUCGAAUUUUCUUGCAUUGGGAAAGCUUUUGAAUGAUCCAAGAGGUAUCUCGAAACUCAGCGGGGUGAUAGAUGUUCUGUUCUCCAUGGUUCGGAACCAGGUCAGUGGGAUGUAUGAGAAAUCUAAGUCGAAGUUGCUCGCCGAUUUUAUAAUCAAGGUUACUCAAGCUGGCCUAGGCCUGCUCAAUGCCAUGAGGGACUCCGAAAAGCGGCUUUCAAACGAGCCAAAUCUACUGUACGAUUUUCAGACUAUCUUGAACUUUGUUGUUCAUGUUCUACAGUCCAAGAAAAAUAUUCGUGGCUGGAAAGAGUUUCAAGUCUUGAUUGGAGAAUGCCAAAGACUUUUACAUCGGAGCAAAAUCCAACUUCCUGGUGAUUGGAUUUACCCUGAUCAGCUCGAGAAUAGAGUUUCCAACUUGGAGCUGCUCAUUUCGAAAAGAAUGUCGUUCGUCACUGAAAAUCUUGAUUUCUUUCAAACUCGUCUAGCUCAAGAAAUGAAUCGCUGCAAUCAAGAUCUUGAGCGUAUCACGAAUGAAUGGUUUAAAGAGCGGUCUAUCACAGAAUCAACCGAACCAGGGCUUGCUCUAUCAAUCUUGGCAAAAUUACAGAAAAGGUUGAAUGCUCUCGACGCCUCUCGCAAGCGAGUAAUUGAGGUUGCUGAAGAACUCAAAGUGGCUAUUCCUAGUGCGAUCCUGUUUCUGACACUUCAAGAUGACAUCGACGACCUAGGUCUAGUCUGGAGCUCCCUUCAAGAUGUGUGGAAUUCUCUAGAAGAGAUUAAGAGAUGUCAGUGGUCAGAUACACAGCCCAGAAAAGUCAAGCAGCAACUUGAUGGUCUUCUUAGCUCCAUGAAAAAGCUUCCUGCCUUGGUCCGCCAUUAUUCAGCUUUUGGUGUCUUAAAGAAUACGCUCUCUUCUUUUUCUGAUGAACUUGUUUUUCUCCAGGAACUAAAGGCAGGUUCCCUUAAAUCAAGGCACUGGAAUAGCAUUUUCGCUUUAGUCGAUCCAUCACUUAACGUUUCUUACGAUUCUAUGAAGCUACUGCAAGUGCUUGACAUGGGGCUCAAAUUGCACCAAGGCUCUAUUCGAACGAUUCUUAAGCAAGCGAACGACGAGCAGAUCGUGGAAGAGUCCUUGAACAGCAUUGAAGAUGAAUGGUCAUCAAUUGUGUUCGAAACCUUUGACUUCAAUGGUAAAUGCCGCCUCAUUCGUAAUUGGGAUAAGCUUUUUGAUACUUGUCAUGCUCAUUUAGGUACACUAUCAAGUAUGAAAAAUCUGGUGUCACAUGGUGAAUUCGAAGAAAGAAGGUCCGCUCUUGAGGGCAAGAUUAUUGAUCUCGUAUCAACUUUCAAUAUUUGGAUCGAGGUACAGAAACAGUGGUCGUAUCUCGAGGGGGUAUUUGGCAACAACCCUGAGAUUGUAUCUUCUUUGCCAACCGAAGCGGCGAGAUUCAAUAAUAUCUCAUUCGACUUUCUUGAGCUCUUGAAAAGAGUGAGCCGCUUUUCUUUAGUCAUUGAUGUCGCGUCAAUGAAAGGAUUGAAGGACAGCUUCACAAAGAUGAACGAAAGCUUGGAACGAACAAAGAAGGGGCUUACCGACUACCUUGAGAAGCAACGCGAGCUUUUCCCUCGAUUCUAUUUCUUGGGAAAUGAAGAUUUACUUGAAUUAAUCGGUGGGUCGCAGGAUGUUAGUCGAGUAAACAGGCAUGUGAAGCUGAUGUUCUUUGGUGUUGAAUCUUUGGUGAUAAACAGAGACACGCACUCAAUCGUGGCCGUUAAAAGUCCAGAGGGAGAAUCAAUGCUUCUCACGAACCCUGUCUCUUUGAUCAAGUCCCGAGAAUUACAUCAAUGGCUCAGUGAAUUAGAACAUCAAAUGAAGAUGUCGCUUGCGGGAUACAUCAGAGCUGCUUUUCAAGCAUUUGAUAGUUUGUUUUCUAAUGCUUAUGAGGCUUCUCAAAUAAGUGAGACUAUUGAUUCCUUUCCGACUCAAGCGGUCAUUGUUGCGUUAAAUAUUUAUUUCUCGAGAAAAUCUUUAGAGCUGAAGAAAGACACCGAAUUUGCCCAGUUGACUGUGUUCUAUGAAAAGCUCGUCAAGGAUAUUGCUUCGUUAUCUACUUCCUCGGAGUAUUUAUACCGAACCCGAAAGAUUGAAUCGUUGGUAAUCCAACUCAUUCAUCACAGAAAUGUAUGCCGCUUCCUUGACAACAUUGCACCCCAUCAUCGUGCUUCCGAAUUACAACAACGGCAGCUCUUUGAUUUCAAACCGGAAGCUUCACCGCUUGAGAGUGUUGUGGUAUCGCAUGGCCGUUUCAAAUUACCAUAUGGUUUCGAAUAUCAUGGCGUCCUUGAGAGCCUUGCAAUCACACCUCUUGUCGAAAAAUGCUACUUGGCGAUGACUCAGGCUAUAGCUCAAGGAUUGGGAGGCUCCCCUUUUGGUCCUGCUGGUACUGGUAAAACAGAGAGCGUAAAAGCCCUAGGCCAUUCCCUCGGUCGGAUGGUGAAAGUGUUCAAUUGCGAUGACUCCUUUGAUUUCAAGUCGAUUGAAAGAAUUCUUCUAGGCCUCGGCAAGGUUGGUUGCUGGGGAUGUUUUGAUGAGUUUAACAGGCUUGAUUCCUCCAAUCUUAGUGCUCUUGCGUCACAAAUUGAGGCUAUACAAACUGGUAUCAAUGGCGAGAAUCAUCAAGUCGAAAUAGCGGGCCACUCUAUCUCAGUGCAUCCCAAAACUGGUCUAUUCGUCACAAUGAACCCAGGCUAUGUUGGUAGAAAUGAACUUCCCGAAAAUUUGAAGCGACUCUUUCGGAGUUUUUCCAUGGAGAGGCCUGAUUUGGAAAUGAUCAUCGACGUUAUUCUUACUUCCCAAAAGUUAACUCAUACUGAAGAGCUCUCCUCUCGAUUAGUUCGCUUCUAUGAGAAACUCGAGAAAACUACCUCAUUCCAGCGUCACUAUGAUUUUGGUUUGAGGGCGAUCAAAAGUAUUCUUCGCAUGUGUGGCACAAGGCGAUGCGAGGGGAACAUUGCCAAUUCCCAAAGAGCUGGGCUUCAGGAAGAAGAAGACCUUGUUUCCCGGUGUAUAAUAGACUCGGUUUUACCAAAGUUAGUCCCCGAAGAUGUCACCAAAUUUCAUGAAUUGACAAGGCAGGUUUUCGGUGAUCGCCAUAUUUCUUCUUCUGAGUUUGAGGCCUUUUAUGAUAGGAUUAGGAAAGCUGCAGUUGCUAAAGGCUUGACCCUAUCGGAGGAUCUUUUGACAAAAUGCUCACAAGUGCUCCAAAUUCUGAACUCACACCACGGCUUUAUGUUGGUUGGAGAAGCAGGUAGUGGAAAGUCGACGAUCAUGAGGCUAGUUUUAGAUGCUUUGUCAGAGCUUGAGAAUGUCGCCCACAAGACUUUCGUAUUGGAUUGUAAGGUCCUCACCAAGAAUCAGAUCUUUGGAUCUUUGGACCCAAUCACUCGGGAAUGGUCAGAUGGCUUGUUCACGGGCUUCAUGAGAACCAUUAUUGAUAACAUGAAAGGAGAGCAGGCUCUGCGUGUGUGGGUGGUAUUUGAUGGUGAUAUUGAUCCGGAAUGGGCGGAGAACUUGAACAGUGUACUUGAUGAUAACAAAGUUUUAACUCUUCCCAAUGGUGAGCGACUCGAGCUCCCUUCGAAUAUGAGAAUAGCUUUCGAAGUGGAUAAUUUGGAACAUGCGACACUUGCCACUAUUUCACGUUGCGGUAUGGUGUGGUUCGAUCGAUCAUUAAUCACAGAGAAACUGCUAUGGUAUAAGUUUCUUUUCACGUUGCGGUCAGAAGGUAUUGAGCUAGCAGACUCAAUAAACGCAGAUCAUUUUGAUUAUGAAAAGUUGCAAAUCCAACGCCUGAUUACUGACGCCGCUGGAGCAUUCCAAGAUGGGUUUUUCGAAAAAGUUUUCCUUAUUUCAAAGGAGUAUGAUCACAUUAUGAAGCACUGCCCACAAAGGUCGCUUAACUCAUUUUUCCGGUUCUUUAUUUCAGAAAUUACAGGUUUGCUUAGUUUCAAACUACAAAAUUCGACUAUUGUCUGGGAAUCCUUAGAAGACUUUGUCACCAAGGCCAUAUUUAUAUCUUUGGUUUGGGGUUAUUCAGGUGACUGCCCAAUAGAACAACGAGUCAUGUUUACUGCAAAGCUAGCGUCCUUGACUGAGUUUACAGGCAUGGAAAUCCCUGAGAAUGUGACGGAGUAUCAAAUCUCUUAUACCGAUUUCUGCUGGUCCCCUUGGCUGCUGCAAGUCACUACCUUGGACCUUGAUCCACACCAGGUAAUGGAUCCUAGCACGAUCGUACCAACAGUUGAUACCGUUGUCCAUGAGCACCUUAUUUACUCUCUUGUCAACAAACGCUCUCCACUCCUAUUAUGUGGCCCUCCGGGCUCGGGAAAGACAAUGACUCUUUUGAAAGCCCUCAGAAAGCUGUCUCGGCUAGAGUUGAUAUCCCUUAACUUCUCGAAGGAUACAUCUCCUAAUACCUUAUUGUCUCUGCUUGAGCAGCAUUGUUGUUAUAGGCGGUCAAAUAAAGGCUUGACGCUUUCACCCAAAAGCAACGGGAAGUGGGCCGUGGUGUUUUGUGAUGAGAUCAAUUUGCCCUCCACCGACAAGUACGGCUCGCAAAACGUUAUCGCUCUUAUGCGGCUUAUGGUGGAACGCCAGGGAUUUUGGAACUCUCGUCUAAGGGAAUGGGUAACCUUGGAGAACGUACAAUUUGUGGGUGCCUGUAAUGAUCCAAGUGACCCAGGAAGACAUCAAUUGGCUGACCGUUUCUUGCGUCAUGUCUCUGUGAUUAUGGUUGACUAUCCUGGAAGGACUUCUAUGACUCAAAUCUAUGAAAGCUUCAACCAUGCAAUACUUAAAUGCGCUCCGGACCUUCGAGGUUUUGCAAAGCCGUUAACAUCGGCGAUGUUGGAGGUGUAUUUCGCCAGUAAGAGCCAUCUUACGACAGCAAUCCAAAAACUCACUAGAUGGUGUAGGGGAAUAUUGGAGACGGUGCUUCCAAACACGUAUAACGAACUUUCGGCCCUACUUCGUUUAUGGUACCACGAAGGUCUCAGACUUUUCUAUGACAGAUUAAGCAUGGAGAAAGAGAAACAAUGGACCAAACAGUUGCUCAAGGAUGCUGCCAGGGAUAGCUUUCCUCACACGGAUCUAGAAAAAUCCUUCAAAGAGCCAAUAUUGUAUUCUGACUGGAUCACACUGGAGUAUGAACCCGUUUCGAUGGAUGAGUUGGCCAUCUUUGUACGUGAAAGGUUACGAGUCUUUAGCGAAGAGGAACUUGAUGUCGACUUAAUUCUUUUCGAGGACAUGCUUGAUCACACCUUGAGGGUAGAUAGGGUUCUCAAACAACAUCAGGGCCACAUGAUUCUUGUUGGCCCUUGUACAAGCGGUAAAUCUACGCUUACGAAGUUUGUGGCUUGGAUGAACGGUAUCAAGGUUAUACAGUUGAACGUUCACAAAGGCUACACGAUAGAGGACUUUCAACGGAAGCUUCGGGAGAUCCUUAUUGCUUGUGUGAAUGGAGAGAAGAUAUGCUUCCUCAUUGACGAGUCUAGUCUUCUCGAGACAUCUUUUAUCGAGAGAAUGAAUACGUUACUUGCAAAUUCCGAAAUACCAGGCUUGUUUGAAGAGGACGAGUAUGCUUCUCUAAUGAAACAAUGUGCGGCGGAAUCAUCUGCCCAAGGUCAUUUGUUGGACAGUGACCAAGAGCUCUAUGCUUGGUUUACCCAACAAGUAAGUUCUAACCUUCACGUUGUCUUCACCCUCAGCGAUGUUGGAACUGGUAACAGGGUUCAGGUCACUUCUUCGCCUGCCCUUUUUAAUAGAUGUGUGCUAAGUUGGAUGGGAGAUUGGUCCACAAACUCGCUAGUCGAAGUGGCAACUAAAAGGACUCAAGAUAUUGCAUUAGACCGUUCUGAUUACGAGCCACCAGUUCAGAUCGAGAACACGCAUUACGGUUUACCGAACCGUCAUUUCAGAGAUGCCGUCGUCAACGUUUGCAUAUCUAUUCAUGAAUCCGCUUCGUCAUAUCCUAAUCGAUACUUGCAGUUCUUGCAGCUUUUCUCGGACCUUUUCCAUAGGAAGGAAGAUGAGCUUAAUGGAAGUCAGAGACACAUAAUGAGCGGCUUAGACAAACUUAAAGAAACUGUGCUUGAGGUGACAGCUAUGAGAAAAGUGUUGUCUGAGAAACGGGAAGACUUAUUGGCAAAGGAGGCUGACGCCAAGAUAAUGCUAGACAAGAUGAUUCUGAACCAGAAUGAAGCUGAAAGAAAGAGGGAGUUUUCGGUAGUAACCCAGGAAGAGCUCGAAAAACACGAGGCACAGAUCAAUAAGAGACGUGAGGUCGUUAUGGGUGAACUUGAGCUCGCCGAACCUGCUGUGCUUGAAGCCCAGAGGGGUGUCCAAAAUAUCAAGAAACAGCAUUUGACCGAAAUGAGAAGCAUGUCAAACCCUCCAGCGGCCGUGAAAUUAGCAAUGGAGUCUGUUUGUAUUCUCCUAGGCUACGAUGUUAAAACAUGGAGAGAUGUCCAACUCGUGAUCAGGAAAGAUGACUUUAUUGCAAGUAUCGUUUCAUUUGACAGCGAAACACAGCUCGAGCAAGAAUUAAGUGAUUACAUGGAGGAGACGUAUUUGAGCCGACCUGACUUUAACUACGAAACUGUCAACCGUGCGAGUAAAGCGUGUGGACCUCUAUUACAGUGGGUGAUAGCCCAAUUAAGAUACUAUUCAAUAUUGGAGAAGGUUAUGCCUCUUAAGAAAGAGAUGGUCCAGUUGCAGUCAGCAGCAAAGAAGUCGAGAGCUCAAUUAAUUGCCAUUGCUGAGAUGAUUGAUGAGCUUGAACAAAGUAUCGACGAGUACAAGAAGAGAUACAGUGAACUUAUAAGAGAGGCAGAAAGAGUUAAGGUGGAGAUGGAGACUAUAGAGGGAAAGGUUCGGAGAAGUGAAAGCCUUAUAGAAAAUUUGACCAGUGAAAGACUUAGAUGGGAAACGAACGUGAAAUCAUGCGACGAAGAGAGGCUGCGGAUUGCUGGUAAUGCCUUACUUUCAUCUGCAUUUGCGGUUUAUUGUGGACGAUUAGAUCAAUCGUCCAGAAAUGAUCUCCUCCACAGAUGGCAGAUGAUAUUGAAGAAUCUUAAUAUACCAUUCGAUGAGUUUAAGUCGCCCUUAUCGUCUUUGGCUUCUGCAGAUCAGGUUGCUCAAUGGACAAAGAAUGGUUUACCAAAUGACGAUCUUUACAAACAAAACUUUGCCAUGAAGCUUUGGUCUGAAUUUUGCUUUAUUAUUGAUCCCACAGAGGAGGUUAAAAGAGUCCUUACUUGUCUGGCGCCUCAAGGAGGUAUUGCGCAGACCAGUUUUCUUGAAAAGUCUUUCAUGAGACAUAUCGAAAACGCCAUGAGGUUUGGAGGAACUAUUCUUGUAUCGCACGCUGAGCUCUAUGAUCCCAUCAUGGAUCCAAUUUUGAGAAAAGACUUUAGCCACACCGGUGGUAGAAGAUUGGUCCAAUUGGCAGACAAAGCAGUUGAUAUCCUGCCCAACUUUAAAGUCUUAUUCUUCACAAAAGAUUCGUCUGUGGAAAUUCCUCCUUCACUUGCUUCUCGUGUCAAUGUUCUUAAUUUCACGGUGACUAGUGGCAAUGUUGAAAAUCAAGCUCAGAAUUUAUGCCUAGAACGUCUUGAGCCACAGUUAUCUGACAAACAGAGGGAGAUUAACCUGUUACAGAGUGACUAUCAAAUAAAGAGCCAUAUCCUCCGCCAGCUGCUCCUUGACACUCUCAGUGGUGUUGAUGGUACUAUUUUAGAUAAGGAUGAGGCGGUGGACAAACUUCAAUGCAUCAAAUCCGACUCAACUAUUCUUGAUGAAGACUUCAGCAAUGCCAAUGAAACAAUGAAGGAAAUUGACGAUGUUAGGAGUUCGUACCGGGAAAUUGCCAAACACUUGAGCAGCGUCUAUGGGAUUCUCGGUAGAUUAUCGUCGAUGUCGUCAUUCUACAAUUUCCCAUUCAAAACCCUCAUCGAAGUCCUUCAAAAUAUCCUUGGAGAGAGGCAUGAGAACACGACUCCACUGGAAUUGGCUCGUGGUCUUUACUGUGCUUUGUUUGCAAAAGUAUCGCCAUCCUUGCGAAAGUCAGAUCGUGUUAGUUUGGCGAUAGCAUUGGCUACCUGCUACAUUGAGAAUGAUGAGAGAACGGUUAUUAAUGAAGGAAUAAGGCGGGUCAUUGGUGCCAUGGGGGUCGGCGGGGAUUUAGACCAAUCGUUGAAGGAACUCUUUUUUGUGAAUUCGUCUGACGAUCCCAACCUCAGCAACUGGGAAGAACUUGUUAAAGAAGAUUUCGGUUUGGAGAUGGUUCCUGUCAUUGGCCCAUUCAUACAGAAGCUACUUGGAUCAAGUUUAGGUUGGCUGGAUGUCUUUGACCAGUAUGUUACUUCAGUUUUCGGCGCAUCCCCAGACCAGUUGGAAGUUCUUGAUAUGGCUGACUGGGUGAAACUAGGAAAAUCUUUAUUCUUGAUUGCGGAAUCAGAUCAUAUCGAUAUCACGCCGCAAAUUGAACGUUUAGCUAAUGCUUCGAACCAGAGGUUGAAGGUUCUCGCAAUGGGUACCGCAGAUGGAUCACAGGCCGCCUACAAGGAAUUAGAAGCAGCGAUAAGAGUUGGCUCAUGGGUGGUUCUCCAAAACGUGCAAUUAAGUGGACCAUGGUUGAACGAUGUUGAACAAUUACUUGAGAAACAGAAUAUCCACGAGAAUUUUGCUCUCUUUUUAACUUGUCUGUUGACUGCAAAGAAUAUCCCACUGGCGUUGAUUACGAAGUCUGUUGUUUUAACCUACGAGGAGACGCCAUCUUUUAAGAGAGUCUUACUCAACAGCUUGGAGUAUCUCUGGACACAGCAAAUCAGCCAGUUGAAUAUCGCUAAAACAAUAGUACUCUUGGUAAGUUGGCUUCACGCUAUACUCCAGGAGCAACUAAAAUUUGUUCCAAUAUCAUUUGCAAAGAAGUAUGAUUUCAGUGAGGCAGAUCUUACGUCUACGGCCGCUUAUUUGAACAGUCUCUUUCAAUCAUUUGGGGAUAGAACUACGGUGCGUAUUGAGGAGGUCCCUUGGCGUGAAAUCCUGUCGAUUCUUGGAACAGUGAUAUACGGAGGAAAAGUGUCUGUUGUUGAAGAUAACAAAUUCUGUCAAGAACUUGCAGAAGAGCUUUUCCAAGAGAAGGCUUGUGAUGAGGAUUUUGUCCUUCCAAAGACUGGCCACUUGACAAUUCCUCAUGAUGGUGACCUCGAAAGUUACAAGCGCUGGAUUGAAGAGUUGCCAGACCACUUACCACUUAGUUGGUUCGGUCUAAGUGAAGAAGCAUUGGUACAAUCCCAAGAAGACAAGGCUACUAAGACCUGCCAGAGAACGGUUGCAUUACUUAAGUAG